CCUUGGGGUUGGGGGAUCCAGUUCUGGCGCUCAGAGGCCGUGGAAGAAGGAGAGGAGGAGGAGGAGGAGGAGGAGGAGGAGGAGGAGGAGGAGGAGGAGGAGGAGGAGGAGGAGGAGGAGGAGGAGGAGGAGGAGGAGGAGGAGGAGGAGGAGGAGGAGGAGGAGGAGGGAGAGGGGGAGGGAGAGGGGGAGGGAGAGGAAGAGGAAGAGAGCGAGGAGGAGGGUGAUGCUAUUUCUUCUUGCUGCCGCUGCUCC